AAUCUCUUCUUAAUUUAAAUCGAGAGCUCUUCAAAUUUCCAUAAGCUUUGAGAUUGAGAGAGAACAAAAAGAAAAAAGAAAAAAGAUCAUAUCUUUAUGAUAUAUGGCUAUUGAGGAGUGGAAGAAAAUAGAAAAUGGAGGUGAUCAUGGAAACUUGGAGAACCAAUUAUUGUUGAAAAGAGAGGAAGGAUUAGAAGAAGAAGAAGCUUCUUCAAGAAAUUAUGAAAAUGGAAGAACCAAUCUUAUGGUUUAUCUUAGUACCUUUGUUGCUGUUUGUGGUUCAUUUCAAUUCGGAUCAUGUGUGGGAUAUUCAGCACCAGCUCAGGCAGCAAUAAGGGAAGAUCUUCAUUUGUCUCUAUCUGAGUAUUCUAUGUUUGGAUCUAUACUUACCAUUGGAGCAAUGUUUGGAGCUGUAACAAGUGGGAGAAUUGCUGAUUAUAUUGGUCGUAAAGGGGCAAUGAGAAUGUCAGCUUGUUUCUGCAUGCUUGGAUGGAUAGCAAUCUACCUUUCAAAGGAAUCUCUAUCAUUGGACAUUGGGAGGCUAUUCACAGGAUAUGGCAUUGGAGUCUUCUCCUAUGUGGUCCCAAUAUUUAUUGCUGAAAUAGCCCCGAAAAAUCUUCGAGGAGGCCUUACGACGCUAAAUCAGCUAUUGAUUGUUACUGGUGCAUCAGUUGCUUUCUUAUUUGGAACUGUUGUAACAUGGAGAACACUUGCUCUCAUAGGACUUAUACCUUGCAUUACCCUUCAUGUGGGUCUGUUUUUUGUUCCUGAGUCCCCAAGAUGGCUUGCAAAGGUUGGGCAUGAGAAGGAGUUUCUAAGUGCAUUGCAGAGACUUAGAGGCAAAAAUGCUAAUAUUUCAGCAGAAGCUAAUGAGAUUCAAAUUUAUAUUGAAACUAUGCAAAGUCUCCCCAAAGUCAAGUUGGUUGAUUUGUUUCAGAGCAUAUACAUUCGCCCUUUGAUUAUUGGGGUGGGAUUGAUGGUGUUCCAGCAAUUUGGAGGGAUCAAUGGAAUAGGUUUCUUUGCAAGUGAAACCUUCGCCUCAGCGGGUCCAUCAGCAGGCAAAAUUGGAACAAUUGCUUAUGCUUGUAUUCAGGUUCCAAUUACUGUUGCUGGUGUAAUAUUAAUGGACAAAUCAGGAAGAAGGCCACUUAUUAUGGUGUCUGCAGCUGGGACUUCUCUUGGUUGCUUUCUUGCAGGGGCUUCUUUCUUUCUCAAGGGCCAUGGUUUACUACUCGAUUUCGUGCCCAUGCUCGUUGUCGGCGGUGUGCUGAUAUUUAUUGCAUCUUUCUCAAUUGGAAUGGGAGCAGUUCCUUGGGUGAUAAUGUCUGAGAUAUUUCCCAUUAAUGUGAAAGGAGUUGCUGGGAGCAUAGUGGUGUUGGUGAAUUGGUUAGGUGCUUGGAUUGUCUCUUUUACCUUCAAUUUCUUCAUGAGCUGGAGUUCUUCUGGGACAUUUUUUAUUUACUCUCUAAUAUCUUUGAUGACAAUUCUAUUUGUGAUAAAGUUGGUCCCAGAAACCAAAGGAAAAACCCUAGAAGAAAUUCAAGCAUCCAUUGAUUCACAAAGAGGAGUAGAAAUCUUGAAUUGAAGUUUAGAUUAUGAUUUUUUUUGGCACCACAUUUUUUGUCACAUUUAAAUUAUAUAAAAAAUGUCAUUCAUUUAUAGACAUAUAUAUUUUACAAUAAUAUGUGCAAAUAGAGAAUCAAACCUUUGUAUAAACUUUAUAUAAGUUGAGUUAUGUUCAUUUUAUUAA